AUGCUUCUAAAGCCGUCCUUUUCUUUACGGAAAUGUUCUUUUUUGGUGCAUGGCGCGACAUUAUCGCUCUCUCGUAGAAGUGUGAAUGAGUUCUCGUGCUCUAAAAGGUAUACGCAUCGUUGGUGUAGCAGCAUUCGUUGGAACCCUUCUCAAAGAUGGAACACGUUUAUUAUUUCAAAAAGGAGUUCUUUCUCUUCAUUUUCAUUUUUUAGGGAGCCGGUCGAUGAAUCAAAGAUUACUGCGAAAAGUACUAUACCUGCAACUGUGGAUGUCGACCGGUUGCUCCUGGAUUUAGAACGUAACAAGAAAUUGUCUGUACCUAUAAAAGACCUACUUCAAAAUUCUUUAGAUUUCACAAAAAGGGCGCACAUCUCCUAUGAUGCAGAGUCUUCCGACACACUGGAAGGUCAAGAGAUAGCAGAGAGCGAACUUGUGCAAACCCAAGUAGCUCCAGAAGUUUCUCAUCCGUUUGAAUAUGGAGAUUUACUUGUUUUGGCAAAUUCUACAGGAUUGCAAGUUGGCAUAUAUGUGGGAACAAAUCCUAAGAAUCAUGCCAAUUUGAUAACAACCAUCACCGAAGGGGGUGAUAUGAUCUUUAUUCGUAUCCCAAGAGUCUUGCUUCGAUUUCCACGGUUUCUUAAAGAGUUUCACAAAUACUGUCAUAAAAAAAAGCUCAACGGCCAGUUGAGGAUUCCUCCUAAUUAUCUGGAAAUGAUCACCAAAAGCCUAAAACAUGUUAACAAAAAAGUUCAAGAAACAUGCUUUACUAAUCUCAUAAAAUUUAAUGAGAUCUAUCCUACCCUUCGAGCCCGCGAACCUAUGCCUUUUCACGUUACCUUUUCUGAACUCCUAAAGAUCGUGUACGGGGAUCAAGUCAUAGGAAUUCCUGAAAAGAUUGCACUUCUAAUGUAUCUCACCACACGCAAUCACCGUUUCGUAAUUGUGGACCACCUAUUCUCGGAAAUCCAAAGUGUUUUUCUAAACCCCUUAUACAAUGAUCCAACUUUUGAAGACGUUUUGCACACCAUACGUAUCAAAUCUCCUGGUUAUUUCACAUUUUUACGAAAAGCACGGCAACUCAUACAAAAUGAAGGCUUUAAAACGCUUCCCACCAGUCCUAAAACUAUAAGACCCGUUCCAUUGCGAUCAUUUGAAUGGAAUGAUUAUGAAAAGAAAAUAAUUAGUUUUAUAAAGUAUCAAACGAUUAUGUGUAACUUGCAGAAAGUUCCUCAUUCUCUGUUGUCUGAUAUAUAUAAAGAUAUAGGUUUAUACGACUAUACGGAAGAUUUUUCAGCCAGUGACUUUCAUAAAUUAUUGUGCGAUAUUGGUGUUUGGUCUCCAUGGACAUUAUCUAGAUUACUAGCACCAGAAGCGCAACUUGCUCUUCCUCAAUUACAUUCUGAUACUCGAAAGCAAUACGAAAAGGAUUAUGAGCAUUUCUCUGAUCCGAGCCAUUCCGUUUCAAAUGAUGUUUUGGAGGAUUUGCGAACGGAUUUAACCCACCUGAAAUCUUUUGCAAUCGACAGCUCAUCAACACUUGAAGUUGAUGAUGCGAUUUCAAUUGAGAAGAAAAGAAAAGGAUUUUGGUUGCAUAUUCAUAUAGCAAAUCCUUCUAGUAUGAUUGAUCUUAAUAGCCCUCUUAUGGCUUUUGCAGAGAAAAAUUUUCAGACACUAUAUUUAACACAUAUUGAAAAGAAGUUUAUGUUACCAUUGGAACUAACCAAACAACUAUGGACGUUGGAUGGAAGUGAUAAGCAAAGAGCAUUAACGUUCAGCGCGAAGUUAUCUAAGAACGGUGAAGUGUUGGACUUCAAAGUUCAACCUAGCUGGAUAUCUCGUGUGAAGCGCUACACUUACUCCCAAAUCUGUGCUGCUUUAAACGAAAAAGAAAAUCUAACAACUUAUUCCUCUUUACAGGCGCGGGAUUUUGGCAAAGAGCCUGACAUACCCGCUGAUGACCAACAGAAAAUCUUAAGCAUUUUUGAAGAAGUGAAAAAGUUCACUUACUUUAGACAAAGGAAAAACUCCUUCAUGUUUCAGCAACCGUCUUUUUCCGUGGAUUUAUUGCCAGAAAAGGUUCCGGAGACUAUGAUUAGUGGAAGGAAUCCAGUUUAUUGGAGCUCUUUUCCUUCCAUCUCCUUAACGGUAAAUCAUUCUGGAAUGAAUAUCGCAGAGUUGUUAGUUUCAGAGUGUAUGAUUUUGGCUGGUCACAUUAGUGCAAAAUUUUUUAAGGAAUAUCGUAUUCCAGGUGUGUACCGUGGUCAAAAUAUACCUUGUUCCUUUGAUAAUUCAUUCAAUGAAAACUUUGAUAAACUUUUACGUGCCCGCGAUGAGUUUGGCAGGGUUCCCUUAGAACAAGUGUACCCUAUCUCCCCAUACUUGGCUUCCUCUUAUAUGUCGACGAAAGGGUCUCCACACUUUUCUUUAGGAAUCAAUUCUGGAUACAUGCAAUCUACAUCUCCUCUUCGUCGAUUUACAGAUUUGAUUAACCACUAUCAAAUGCAAUGCGUACUCUUGAAAGACACAUCCAAGUUAAUUACACAAGAGCAAAUUGAGUCAAAGCUACCUUUGUAUAGUACCAAAGGAAAACUUAUGAAAUACACUAGUCGAUAUACAGAACGUUUUUGGGCUUUGGAAUUUUUGGCACGGCUUCCAAAAGAUAAGCUGCCUUUGUGCCAUGGCAUAAUAAACACUGAGGGGCAGCCAACUGUAAUUUUGGAAGAAUUUGGACUUAAGGCACAAAUUGGCGUGAAUUAUGAAUUAGAGAAAUACCAUUUAACUAGAAAGGCAGUCCGUAUUGAGCUUGUACAGCCAUUUCAAAAUCAGCUUUUUGUUUCAGUCGUUGAAGAUUAA